UUGAUCUAUACUACAUCAAAUACAUAUUUUGAAGCUAUUAUGAGUUUGACAUUAACCAAACUUGGGUGUAUGUAUGUAGUCAAUUAAAUGAACUUUUUGCCAUAAAACUUUUUAAAAGAGUUGUCUGUCCUUUAGGAAAAUAUUUAAAAAAAUCUUUUUCUGAAAAUAUGUAUGGUAAACUAUAAAUUAUUUUAGCAUAUUCGACGACGGAGAAAGCUUUUGCAACUUUUUACCAAGAUAAAUGUGAGAAAAUUACUUGUACUAAAGAAAUAUUUUUUUAAAAUGCACUUUUCCCAUAUACUUAAUUGUUAACUUCAACAUAGGAUAAGUUUUUCAAAAUUUUUUUUUUUAAAGAUUUCAAAGGUGAAACUUUAUAAUUUAAUAAACUCCUUAAAAUCACACUAGGAUUUUAGUGAUCAAACUUGCAAUCUAUUAGAUAUGAAAUAUAAUAGUUAUGGGUGGACAACCUUAACCACAAAUGCGGUAUCAAAAUUUCCGGAAAAAUCAAUUUUUAAACCCCUAUAUCUCUGAGUUUUGAAUUAAGCUUAAAAAACUGUUAUUUUUGCUUUUAUGAUUAAUGACAAAUUAUCCCUUAAAAAGUUAUUUUAAAAAGACUUAAGAGCCCUUAUUUUAGGGCCAGUCCUUUUUUCGUGAUUUAAAAUAAAACGUCUAGUAAAUAUAAAUACAAUUUAAUCAACAAAGAUAUCCCAACACAUAUGUUUUAGGGGCCGACCCCUAAACUCCUUACUGGGGCCACCAAGACAUUUUUUAAAGGCAAGAUUUUAGAGACCUCUUGGCCCCGAAUUUUAGGAACCAGCUGCUUUUGACUGAUAUCAAAUUAUAGGCCGUAUAAAUUUGAACAACUUUUGCAUUACAUGUCUAAAACAAAAUGUUUUAACUUUAAAAGAUAUUAUAGAAAAUAUGCAAAAAUUGAGUGACACAAUUUGGUGCUAAUUUUCAGGUUCAGACCAGUUUCGAGGCCUUUUGCAUUUAUCUCAUUAGGAAGCAUGGAGGGACAUCUACAAACAAUCACUAAAAAUUUCACGCUUUGAUCUAAUUAGUUUCGGAGGAGAUGCAUGGACUAUAUGACCCUUAAAAAUUUACAAAAUCGUCAACCGGAAGUGACGUCAUCAUUUGAAAGUUUAACUAUCUACAGCGACCAUUAAGUUUUAUAAGUCCUGAAAAUUUGGUGCAAAUCAGUCGAAAAGUUUCUGAGAAAUAACGCUCCUAAAAAUCAGAAAAAGAAAAAAACCCCAUAAAAGUAAAAACAAAAAAGAAACCGUAGAAUAACAAGAGGGUCUUCCGUUGGACCCUAAUAAACAAAUAAAUCAGAACACUUGCUAUGUAUUUUUUUCCACGCCGCAGCAAAUGUUAUCUUUGAGAAAGAAUGUGGCGUGCAGAGAUUGAUUUAAUGUGGGGAAUCAAUGUAUUUCACAGCUUGUUUUAAAGAAUUUAAAACGAAAACCGCCCCCUUGUUUCGACUCUAAACCCAACCCGAAUCUGCUCGAUAACCAAAGGAUCGUGCGUUGAUUUAAUGACACUGUUAGUGGGCUGUCGUACCUAUUGCUUGGUGAUACAUAAUAAAGCGGUAUGAUUUGCAGGCUUAAAUCAGACUUGAGGAUCAUGCCCAUGAAUGCUUUGACAUUUGAGCUCGUUAAGUCAGUGGUAAUUUAAAGGCCCCCGGGGACUGGAAGGAGACAGAAAAAUGGAGAGAUAUCAGGAACAUGGAAGAUCAACGUGUAGAGAAUAUGGAGAUUGGUGAACAUAGUUAUAGCUGUGAGAAAAAAAACUAUGAAGAUGAAUACUCUCUUCUGAGAGAAAGGAGAUUUGUUUUUGGUGAGGGUGCUCUCAUUGGUCUCAUCAAGAGGACAACAUGUGAGCAGUGUGGGGAGCCCAUAGACCCAUCAACAGUUCUCGAAGGAGAAAAGAUACCAGCAGGAGUGAAGUACAAAUUCCUUUGCUGUAAUGGCUACCCAGGAAAAUGGAUUUCCACACCAUUUUAUGGAGGCAGUAGCUUUAUUGUAUUUUACUACAACUCAUGGUGCUUCUUACAGAAAAAAAACUAUGAAGAUGAAUUCGCUCUUCUGAUAGAAAGGAGAUUUGUUGUUGGUUUGGGUGCUUUCAUUGGUCUCAUCAAAAGGACAACAUGUGAGCAGUGUGGGAAGCCCAUAGACCCAUCAACAGUUCUCGAAGGAGAAAAGAUACCAGCAGGAGUGAAGUACAAAUUCCUUUUGCUGUGAAGAUGUCAACCAAUGAAAGAAAGCUAUUAAGAAUUUUCAAAUAUUGACCAAUCAAAUGAACGCAUAAUUUGGGAUUAUUUACCCCCUCGGCGUCACAUUUGAAAAACAUUUCGAAGAGACCGA